AUGGCCGACACCAGCGCCGCAUGGCCCCAGGCCGAUCAGGCUCUCAGCCAGGAAAUUCUCGACCUUGUUCAGCAGGCUACCCACUACCGCCAGUUGAAGAAGGGUGCCAACGAGGCCACUAAGACCCUCAACCGUGGUAUCUCCGAGGUCAUCGUCCUUGCUGCCGAUACCUCCCCUCUGGCUAUCCUCCUCCACCUGCCUCUUCUCUGCGAGGACAAGAACGUCCCCUACGUCUAUGUCCCCUCGAAGAUGGCUCUGGGCCGUGCUUGCGGUGUCGCCCGCGCCGUCAUCGCCUGCUCGAUUACCACCAACGAGGCCUCUGACCUUAUGGGCCAGAUCCGCACUCUCAAGGACAAGGUCGAGAGGCUCCAGAUCUGA